UCCCCCAUCAAUAAUUUCUCUCGAAACUGAACCGGAUCAUCGGGUCAGGAAUUACUAUUAUUAUUUUUUUAAUUUCUAAGUCCGGACGGACCUGCGACUCGCAAACGAAGCCUCAGCGAGCAGAUAACGAUUGAUGAUGGCGCAGGUCGGUGGUGGCGAUCUGGUUGAGAGGCUGCCGCACGCUCUAUUGCUUGAUAUUCUUUCGAUGCUCGACGUGGAAUCUCUCUGUUCGGCUGCCCCUGUUUGUAGAGCCCUUCGCUCAUCGGUUUCUCAAGUCCUCUCAUCUCUCUCCACUCUUGACCUCUCCGGGUUUACUCCUACGACACAGAUUCUAAACAGAGUUUUGAGUAAUAGUUAUGGUCUCCGAAGCCUAACUCUAAAUUGUCACCAGCUUGAUUAUUCUUCAGUCAGCAUUUUUACAAAACAACACCUAGAAGAACUUGUGUUACUGAAGGGCUUUCACUUCAUCUCUUCUAUAUUUCGUCAAAUUGGUCAAAGUUGCUUAAAUUUGAGAACACUAAGUUUGGAAUUGGUAUAUGGUGAUGAAUCUGUCUUUGUUCGUAACUGCAACAAGUCCUUGGAAAAUAUGUUCAAGGGAUGCCCGCACUUAGAGUCUCUAAGUAUAAAGUUCUAUACCCCAUAUAAUCUCCAUGGUCGAUCUGACACCAUCCAGCUUCUUCUUCCAAAAACUCUCAAAGCUUUGCUAUUACAACCUGUCACUAACUGGGAAGCUACAACGCUCAUUUUGAUGAACCAACUUGGUUUUGUUGAAAAUCUCCCUUUAUCAAUCGAUGUUCAGCCUUCUUGUCUUAUGCUGCAGUCACUGACUCUUGUUCUGGAUGUUAUUACUGAUGAACUUGUUGCAGCCAUCACAAAUUAUCUGCAUUAUUUGACUGUUCUGUGUCUGGAAGACAAUCCAUUAGAAAAACUAUCACCGUAUAAUGACUUUUCAAAUGCUGGGCUUCAGUUACUAAGCUCCAGAAAAAAUCUGAGACGUCUCUCUCUCUCAAGGAGCCGACCAAAUGUUUUCGGGAGAGUAACUGAUAUUGGUAUUCUAGUCCUGACCGAGGGAUUGAGAGGACUUGAAUCAAUAAGGCUGGAAGGAUUCUCCAAAGUGACAGAUGCUGGUUAUAUAUCCAUUCUACAGUCCUUCAAAAACCUGAAAAGGUUUGAAGUCAUCAACGGCUAUUUAUUGUCGGAUUUGGCUUUUCAUGAUCUUUCCUUUUUAUCAGGCUCUCUUGUUGAGGUAGUGUUGAUAUCCUGCCAUCUUCUAACCAGCGAAACUGCAGAAUCUUUAUCAUUGUGCAAGAACUUGGAGUUGCUGGACCUUGGGGGUUGCAAAAGCAUUGCUGAUCGUGGGUUGAAUUCAAUUUCAAUUCUUCGUAAGCUCACUUCCCUUGAUCUCAGUGGAGCUGAUAUUACUGAUAGUGGUUUGUCAGCCCUCGGCCUCGGUCGAUCUCCAAUUGUUACUUUGUGUCUUCGCGGCUGCAGAAGGGUUGGCGACCGAGGCUUCAAAAAGCUUUUUAAAAAGGGUAGUGUUAUCACUGAAACUCUGUCGAAGCUUGACUUGGGUUACUUGCCUGGUGUAUCAGAUGAAACAGUAGCUCGGAUUGUGAAGAUGUGCAGGGAAAUUACAAAUCUCUGCAUCAGGAGCUGUUUCUUUGUUACUGAUGCAUCUAUCAGAGCUCUUGGCUUGAUGCCAGAUAUAGAAGGCAGAAGAAGAUCAAUCAAAAGACUUGAUAUUUAUGGAUGCAGUCGAUUGUCAAGUGAUUCAAUUGAGCUUUUUUCCCAUCCCUACUUUCAGGGCCUUCGAUGGCUUGGCUUUGGGAAAACCAAGUUGCAUGCACAGGAAGGAGUAAGAAUGAUGGAGCUUUUGAGUAAAAGAAGAUGUAUGAGCACUUGUUCUUAUGGUUGUGAAAUGGACUGUAAAGAUGGUUGGUUUCUUCAUUAAGGAUCUGAUACUAAUGGAGAGAGACUUCCAUUCGAUGGCUUGACUUUGGAAAGAGGAAGUGUGACAAUAGAUUAGUCACUUUUAUAAAUUGUAUUUUAGAUCAUUCUCACAAUCUUUUGGUUUCUUCUGUAAUAUUUUGUUCAAAUUCUAUUUCUGUAUUGUUUUAUCUAUUUGCACUAAAAGGUUCUAAAACAAA